AUUUACCAUAUUUUAGGACGGUAUAAAGGGUGAUGGUAUUGGAACUGUAGAUGCAUUCAGUUCACACACCGCUUUGUGUGAACUAACUGAAAAAGAUGACUGCUUCGACAAAGGUAUCCGCCGCUUCGGCGGAUAGUAACACCAUUUACUUCCUACUCUUCAUCUUUGGAUUUCUCUUCGUUUACACCUAUGGCAGGAAAUUCUUCAGGCAAAUCCAGUUGGCUUCCAAAAUUCCUGGACCAUCCACUAAAACUAUGGUCCUUACAAGUUUUAAAACCAUCCACGCUGAACCCGUUGAUAUGUACAAAUUGGCUAUUAAAAUGAGGGAAGGUUACGAUGAUAUCGUCAAGGCUUGGUUCGGACCUAGACUCAUCAUUUUCUUGUACCACCCAGCUGAUGUUGAAACCAUCCUCAGCAGCUCUGUACACAUCGACAAGUCCACAGAAUAUUCCGUCUUCAAACCAUGGUUUGGAAACGGAUUACUUAUUAGCACUGGGGCCAAAUGGAAGCACCACAGGAAAAUGAUUGCGCCCACUUUCCAUCAAAGUAUCUUGAAGAACUUCAUCCCGACUUUCUACCAAAACAGCUUGAAGGUUGUGGAGAAGAUGAAGAAAGAAAUCGGCCACACUUUCGAUUGUCACGAGUACAUGAGCGGAACCACCGUUGAUAUCCUUUUGGAAACUGCUAUGGGAUACAAGGAGCCACGUAGCGAAGAGACCGGUUUUAACUAUGCUAUGGCUGUGAUGAAGCUGUGCGACAUCUUGCACAGACGCCAUUACAAAGUUUGGUUGAAGCCCGAGUACAUUUUCCAAAAGACAAAGAUGGCCAUCGAUCAUAGCAAGUUAUUGAAGGUCAUCAUGAAUUUGACGACUCGCGUAGUGAAGAGCAAGAAGACCGAAUAUGUCAAGAAGAUGGCAAGCGGAGAUAGUUCUUUCGAGAAGGUGGAGAAGGUUGAAAAGCAGGAGGAAGAUGUCGUUGAAGAUUCGGGUUUCAGAUACGUGCGUGAUGAUUUGGAUGAAAUCGAUGAUAAUGAUGUUGGAGAGAAGAAACGUUUGGCUUUCUUGGAUCAGCUGACUGCCAAUGCUCAGCGUGAAGAUGUCGAUUUCACUGAGAAGGAAGUUUUGGAUCAAGUGAACACCAUUAUGUUUGAAGGUCAUGACACCACCGCUGCUGGUUCCAGUUUUGCCCUGUGCUUAAUGGGAAUCCAUAAGGACGUUCAAGAGAAAGUCCAUCAGGAGAUUGAGGAAAUAUUCCAGAAAUCUGACCGUCCAUGCACCUUCGCCGAUACUUUGGAAAUGAAGUACUUGGAGCGUGUGAUCAUGGAAACUUUGAGGAUGUACCCACCAGUACCAAUCAUCGCUAGAUUGUUGCAAGAAGAAGUCAAAUUAAGCUCCGGUGAUUACACUCUGCCAAUUGGCGCCACUGUCGUCGUUGCUCAAGCACUUCUGCACAGAAGACCCGACUCUUUCCCGAACCCUGAUGUCUUCAAUCCUGAUAACUUCUUGCCAGAGAGAUGCCAGGAGAGACAUUACUACAGCUACGUUCCAUUCAGCGCUGGUCCAAGGAGUUGCGUUGGUAGGAAAUACGCUAUGCUUAAGCUGAAGGUUCUCCUCUCGACCAUCGUGAGGAAUUACAGAAUUCAUUCGGACGUGACCGAGGCUGAUUUCAACCUGCAAGGUGAUAUUAUCCUUAAGAUUUCCGGAGGAUUCAACAUUCGUCUCGAGCCUAGAGCCAAGGUUCACUAGAUGGAGCAAACGGAUUUAUCGAAGGAACAGACGGGGUUCGAGUCCGCACUAGCCGACCCGUCCCGCCAUCUACCCCACUAACCCUCUUACUAAAACGUACUUAAUUUAUUCGAAUUAGCGGUGAUUGGAUCAACCCCGUAACCCUCCAGCCCCGAUUAAUGUUAGCCCGAAUAAUUCAACUGCAAAUGGAAAUGAAAUUGUAUAUAUGGGAAAUAUAUGUAGAUUACCAUGUUGGUUUUUAAAAUAAAUGAGCAAUUUCGUGGCGCA